AUGACAUCUGCUCCAACGAUUCUUGCAACAUGCAAGCAAACUCGGUUUCAUCUUUUAGAUGAUAGCCCCUCGUCCGAGAUAGACGUGGAGGGACUCGGUAUUGUGGUCACUUCAUCUACGCCCACUGCAAUAGAGGAAUCCUCCAAGCCAAAAGCCAAGGGGAAAUCCAAGGUCAAAGCAGCUGGUCAAGAGCUCAUUUCCGAUGGUCAUCUGCGGCUCAAGGGAGGUGUUCAUUAUGGGUUACUUGGACGGAACGGAACCGGAAAGUCAAGUAUGGCACAGUUGCGUCCCUGGGGCGAAUUUGAGUUGACAUUCACUCUAGCACUCUUGAGAGCGAUGGCCGAAAAGCUUAUUCCGGGGAUCCCUCACGCCACUCGCAUUGCAAUUCUACAGCAAACAGACGGCCAAGAUGAAUCGGGAAGUACAUACGGACUGAAAUUGGAAAAGUCUGUUUUGGAGUCUGUCCUAGGCAGUGAUGAAGCCAGGAAUGAGGCCGCUCGGCUGGCAGAUUGUCUGUCUAAGAGCUUCGAGACUGACGACCCAUUGAAGCCAGUACAAGCUAUUCGCAAGAUACGACAUGAACAGGCAGAGAAGAAACUCUUUCUUGCGCAUAAGAAUGCCCACUUGAAGAGCGGUGCAAGGGGUCUACAAGCUCGGAAAGAUCUCAAGGCCGCUGAAUCAAAAUUGGAAUCUACACAAGAGCUCAUUGCCCAGGAACUCGAUGCGAUCGACGCCGAGACAGUCCAAAUAGAGACACAGGCUGCCGUUGAAAUGCUCCAAACUUUGCAAUCCCAACUUGAAGAGAUGAAUAUGGCCGAUAUGGAGAAGGAAGCACGCCGAAUUCUGCAGGGAUUAGGAUUCAAAGAAGAAAAAUUGGACAAUAAAGUCUCAACCUUAUCAGGAGGAUGGCGAAUGCGUUGCAUGCUUGCCUCCGUCCUAAUCCAAAGCCCCGACAUCAUGAUUCUCGAUGAACCGACCAACUUCCUAGAUCUCCUAGGAGUAGUCUGGCUCGAAAACUACCUCCAACGUCUACGCGAAGAUUCACAAACCACAAUCCUCCUCGUCUCACAUGACCGAGACUUCAUCAACGCCGUCUGCGAAGAGAUCGUGAUCUUACGAGAUCAGAAAUUAAAUUACUUUCGCGGGAAUCUCGCCGCCUACGAACAAGACUUCGAGGCACAGAAACUAUACCUGGGACGCAUGAAGGAGGCGCAAGAGCGACAAAUUGCUCAUAUGGAAGCGAGUAUCCGUGAAAAUAUGAAGAUAGGCAAGAAGACCAACGACGAGAACAAGCUUCGACAGGCCAAGUCGCGACAAAAGAAAGUUGAUGAUCGAAUGGGUCUUCAGGUCAGUGCGAACGGAGGUCGAUUCAAAUUGAACCGGGACCUUGUUGGGUGGCAUGCCCAUAACAGGGCGGAGAUUGAAGUGCCGACGGAUGAGAGAGGCGCGACGAUGAGUCUGCCCGAUGCAACUGAGCUGCGAUUCCCCGGACCUCUGGUCUCAUUGGAGGGGAUUACAUUUAGAUACAAGAACGAUCGCAUCAUUCUGGAUGAUGUCAAUUUGGUUGUUCACAUUGGUGAUCGCGUUGGAAUCAUGGGUCUUAACGGCUCGGGUAAGACCACGCUUAUCCGCGUCUUGACCGGGCAACUCGCUCCCUCGAAGGGCAAAGUGACGACCCAUUCCCGGCUGAAAGUAGGUUACUACGGCCAGCACUCUGUGGAAGAAUUGCAAGAACGUGGCCGGGGUGAGCCCGGUCUCACUGCACUUGGGUUACUGAUGACAGAGACUGGCGAUGCGCUCAAUGAGGGAGCUGUGAGAGGGCUCCUUUCGUCAAUGGGUCUGCAGGGCCGCAUUGCGUCCGAUGUACCUGUGGCCAAAUUGUCCGGUGGGCAACUGGUUCGCCUUGCUCUAGCUCGUAUCGUUUGGAGCGCUCCUCAGCUUCUCAUUCUCGAUGAGAUCACCACCCAUCUAGAUUUCCACACUGUCACAGCACUCGCCACAGCCCUCUCAUCCUUUAACGGGGCCAUUCUUCUCGUAUCCCACGACCGAUUUUUGAUUCGAUCAGUUAUUGAAGGAAAGAGGGAUACUGAUCAUAAAUUAGAUGAUGAUUUUGAGGGGUUAGAAGAGGAAGAAACGGAAGAGAACAUCACUCGACGUCGGUCCGUGUACGUGGUUAAGACGGGCAAGCUAAACGAACAAACGAGUGGAGUGGAACAGUUCGAGCGCAGUCUGGUCAAGCGAGUGCAAAAGAUGCUCGCGAUUUAA